GUCAACAAAAUGCAAAAUGGCUUCUCCAAAGUGGUAAGAUUUGCAUGUUUUUUUUUCUCAUUUAACUGGUUGUACAACUUUGUCUUCAUACUUCAUGCAUUUUUAGCUAUUAGGUUUUAUUGUUGUUCAAAAAUAGUGUAUAUAUAUUUGCUGUUUUAUUUUGUGUAUAUAUAUAUUUACAAGCAAUUUAUAUAAAUAAUAUAAUGGUGUGUGUAUACUGUAUAGGGUCAUUCCAUUUAUUAUCCGCACCCCCCCCUAUGGAUGAGCUCUGGUAAAAAUGUUACCUGUAGGAAUCGGAUUUCAGAGAAGUACCCUGUUGGAAUCGACAGUAUCAAUCUAAACCCUAGGAAUGCUGCUAAUUGCCAAUAUCUCACUGGUAGGAAUCUGCUAAUUGCCAAUAUCUCACCGGUAGGAAUCUGCUAAUUCCCAAUGUCAGACCGGGGGGGGGGUGAGAAUAAUAAAUGAAAUUAUUAUGAUUCUCAUAAUAAAUAUUUGGCAAUAUAGUAUGCUACACCUUGACAGCAAUAUCUGACCGGUAGGAAUCGGGCCAAAGGAAUCUGUUAAUUCCCAAUAUCUGACCAGUAGGAAUCCCCUAAGUCCUAAUAUCUGACCGGUAGGAAUCCGCUCAUCCAUAGGGGGGGGUGCGGAUAAUAAAUGGAAUGACCCAUAGGUCAGUCCAGGUUCGAUUCCUGCUGCAAAAAUGCAACUGUAAACCCUUCUUCCAGUCAGGUCUAAAAUAUAUUAAUAGCAAAAGUAGUAAGUUGUGUCUAAAACUGGAGCUGUAAGCAGCAGACCUGGAAAACCGGAGUUCACUUGGCACUAUUAAUGUUUAUACUGCAUGUAUAAGUCGUCAUGAUGAGUCAUCUGUUCUGUGGUACUGUAAGUGUCUAUUCUAUGCUACCGAUUUCCAGAAUGGGCAAGUCGUAUUCAUAGUAUGAUCCAAAUGAUCAAUCGCAUGCAUUUAUAGGCAAUCAAGAGAGCGAGAUUACUCGCAAGAAUUAAAGUCGAUAUCAAUGCAACAAGAUGCAGUGACCAACCAUCCUUUGAAAAUCUCUGUGGUGGUGUCAGUAAGUUCAACGUUUGGUCCAAGGACUGAAAUUUAUAUUGUUUAUAUUUUUAAAGUGCUACACCAGAAUUGCAAGACCGCAGCUUUGAUUCCUGCCCAUCAUCGUUCCCAUGACUUCAUGGCUAGGUAGCCGUGAAGCCCUGGGAAUGAGGUUGAUCCCUGCCAGGGUGAAAACUGCAGUCAAACGUCGGCAUGUAUUUACUGCUUGUAUUCAAAAACUUUGCGAUGUUCUAGCAAAAAGUUUGAAGAAAAUUAUGAGUCUUUAAACUCAGUAAAACUUAAUUGUCUUAUUGACACAACAAAAAAAUGCUGGCAUUUCCUACCUUACAGCUUCGGCCGUUUCCUUCUAGUAAACGCUUUUAUUUUCCUGUAUUACUCCUAAUUUGCAGACAUUUUCCCCGCCAUUUCUGUAUACUUGCACAUGCACUUUAUGUUUAACCGCGGUGUUGCCAGGGUGAAUUUACCAGGGUGAAUUUACCAGGAUGAAUUUGCCAGGGUGAAAGGCCCGUACAUUCCUAUACAGUAGUUACAUUUUUUUGCAACUACUCUAGAUUCUAAAAAUGUAUAUAAAUUUGCAUUUGAAUAUACCAUCCAUAAAAACCCUUGUAAAUCAUGAGAAGAACUAGGAAUGGGAAAAUGGUGGGUGUUACAUGUAACUCGCUUAUUCUUCCAGACAACUGUGGACACAAAAUCUGGCAAAAAGAAAAAGACAUAUGAACAUGGCAUUAUUGACCCACUAUCAAAAAGUCAAUCUAGUGAAGCUAGUGAUACAAUUGACCCAUUGUCCAUGUUUGCCGCAGAAAGCGCUACAACAGUCACCAAGAAAAGCGCUGGGGUGAGUGUGUGUUGUGUUAUUAGUGAGCUAGCAAGCAAUGUUUUGACUGCAUUGUGCAUCGUAGUGCUCGUGUAAGAAAGCAUAAAACUUUAAAAAUCUUAUGGUUUGUCAUAUGUGUUGAACAUUUGAUUGAUCGACCAGCGAAUCAAACAGUCAAUUCAAUUAAUUAAUCAAAUUAAUCUGAUAAGGCGUAAAAAAACCUGUGGUUCCGGUUCCCCACCGGAUUUUUUUCUAUUUUUUUCUGCUGACACUAUUAUUUUUUCAACGCGAUUGACCAUGCCACCCUAUUUUCCUGGGUUGUUGCAGGCUGCUGCCAAAAUGGCAUCUGUUAUCACACUAAUUAUUGAAAAAAACAUGAAAAAAAUAUUUUAAAAAAAAUUUCCGACCUACCGACCCUAAUUUUUUCGCGAUAUGAAACCGGAACCACAGGUAUUUUUUUACGCCUAAGUCAAGCUAAGCCAAUAUAAUCAGUCAAGUCAAUCAGAUUAAUCAAUUAAUUAAAUCAAUCAAAUUAAUCAAUUGGUCAAAUCAAUCAAUCAUUACAGUAAAUCAAUCAAGUCAAUUAAAUCGAUCAAUCAAUCAGGUCAAAUAGAUGAAUCACUUCCAAUCUAACAUAAUUGUUUAUUCAGGGAAGCUCAGCAAAUAAAGAUGAUAUUGAACAUUUUAUAUUGGAUGACGUUGCCCUUGAGCCUUGGUCGAGUAAAAGACUUGGAAUAUUAAGCAAAUACACAACUUCUGAAAAACUGUCAAUAACUACUGUAAGUCAUAUAAAAAUUGUACUUACUGUCAAUUAACUGAUUCAUAGCUGCCAUAAAUUCCCUUUUAGAUAGAAAUUGGUUUUCAUUGCAUUACAUACGGGAAUUGUGUGACUGAGGCAAAGUAUAGUCUGAUAAUUGCAGAAAUUGAACCUCAUACAGAGAGCCAGCAUGAAACAAUGGCUGCAUUGUUAUAUGAUGAUUAAAAAACACUCUAAAUAAAGGUUUGGUUUUAUUUUUUCCCUAGAGCUUUUUGUCAGAUACAGAUCGAGGUAAAUUUACUCAUUUGGAAUACGAAAAUAUCUCAAUGAAUAAUAUAAAUGUUUGUUUGUUUUGAUUAAAUUAAUAUAAUAUUUUUCCACAGUUGUUAUGAAACAGCAAACGACUGUAAGUGACAAAGUCAAGCAUAGAAUUGGACAACUGGAUGACAUUGAAGAGGUAAUGCCCUACAUGAUCCCCUCUCAAAAUUUUGUCUGGCAUUAGACAACAUAAAAUAUUAGCAUGAAGUUCAACUGUCUUUGCCAGUGACCGCUUAAUAUACUCACAACAGAUAGCUACAAAAUGGCACAUUUAAUUACAGGGGUCAAUCAAGGAGAUGUUGAAUCUCAGUCAACAAGAAUUCGUCCGAAGAAUUGAACAGUUGAAUCAAGUAACUAUUAUUUUAUUUCUUUUUUUUUAUUUUUUACUUUCUUUAUCUCGUUAUAACCUCUCUUAAUUUCCAAAAUUAAUUUUCAGGAAUUGAUUGCCGCAUGGGAAAAUGAACAAAAAGUCAAAGCUUUGAAGAUUGCAAUUCAGGUAUAUGUUGUAUUAUACUGUUUCACAAAUUAAUGUAGUUUUUCCCAUCAUUCAGUAUAUUACAUGUUUUCCAUCUACUCUACAAUGUAGUGUGCCAAGAUGCUUGCCAGUGUUGCUGUCAUUGGAUUCUAUCCAAGUAAAUUUGUGCUUAUCACCGAUGUCCUUGAUACAUUCGGUAAGCACUGUGAGAACAGUUUAGAACAUAUAGAGCUAUAUCCAGUAUAAAUAAAGUUAGUUUAGUUUAGAAUUCCUCCUGUAGUAACACUGCAUAUUUAAUAAGAGAUGAUUCUUACUGGAUCUCCAGGGAGAACAGUUUAGAACUGAUAGAACUAUCCAGUAUAAAUAAAGUUAGUUUAGUUUAAGUUUCCUCCUAUAGUAACACUGGAUCAAUAAGAGAUGAUCCUUACUGGACCUCUAGGAAGAACAGUUUAGAACUCAUAGACCUAUCCAGUAUAAAUAAAGUUAGUUUAGUUUAGGUUUCCUCCUGUAGUAAUUGAAGCUUCAAAUUCGUUUAGGUCGUCUUGUAUAUGAACGUUUGUUAAGAAAGUCUGCCACAAUUGUUCCUGGAACGAAAUUAAUGAAGAUGCUCCCAGGUAAAGUGUAAAUACCUCCUUGGCCUGGGAGCCUCGCUCUCGUACAUCAAGGCGAUUGGCUCACAAUUCACGGUUCGAAUGAGACUCGUAGAGAUUUGUGAUGUACUGUAAUUAUCGAAAGGGUGUAGUUGAUGUUUUAUAAAUUAUAACAUGAAAUAUUUUUGCAGAUAAUUUUUCUCCAGAAGACGUGACGGACGUUGCCAAGGAAACUUGUCGUAACUGGUUUUACAAGAUUGCGUCAAUCAGAGAACUCAUUCCUCGAUUGUAUCCUUUCUUGGGGCCUGGGGAUGAAAUGAACUGCGUUUAAAGCCGUGCAUACGCUAGGAAGUCAGUUUAUGGUUUAGAUACAUAUUAAAACAAUCAGUGGUAUGACUUGUGCACUCAUUAUUCUCGCUUUUCUCCAAUGGCGUUGUUAAAUAUCAUGCCCCUAAACCAUAAAUUGCCUGGCGAAAAUGUAACGUGCGCGCCAGACUUGCCCGAGGGCCUGCUCAAGUGAGAUCUGCAGAUCCGUAUAAAAAUAAUUGUGUGUUUAUAUGAGAGCUAGCCCGACUGGCUAGGGUGAAAUCUUCAAUAUGAAGAAAUCAAAACCACAAUCAAAUUUUGUGGCGGAGUUGUCAGAGCAAGCGCCUAUCACCUCUGAGAUCGUGGCGAGGUUGACUCAUGUGAAAAGAGUCUGUCAACCAGAUGAUCUUGAUACGCGGAAAAGUACUGGCACUAGUUGUCAAAUAGAAAUCCAUUUUAUGAUUAAAACAACUGAAUAUCUCCUGUAAUAUACUUUAUUUCGAUUCCAUAUUUUUGUCAGAGCUAGAGUUCUCAUAACCAAACAUAAUUACAAAAUUUCAACUAGUUUCAUAAAGAAUAACGAAAGAUAUAAUUGACUGAACACAUCAAAAUGGAUUUCUAUUCGGACAACCCUUUCUGAGCGCUGAUUGGCUAAAAUACGAACACGAGAUCACCAGGAAGGUUUUGCCUAGCCUGCGUAGCCGGCGGUUUUAAGGGUUGGGGUUGAGGCGUGGGCAACGAAAAACCCUUAAAAUCGCAGGCUAGGUUCUGCCGAAAGUCGUGGGUUUUCUCCGGGCGCUCCGGUUUCCUCCCCCAGGGAAAGUUGACAGGGUGGGUUAGGAUAAACACAGUUAAGAAAGUAAUAUCACGAUUUUAUUGUAAAUAGUCUUGGUUAAGUAAGUAAUUAGGCAAGCGUAAUACUUGAUGUGAAAAGCGCAAUUGAUCGUAUUUGCAUGCAAAUGUGCGCUAUAAAAAUUUGAAUCGUAAUCGUUUUGUCAAAUUACGUGCGUAGUUAUUCAAAUAACCAAGAGAACAUAUUUUGUUUUGUUGUAUUUCGCUUGACUUUUUGAAGCUACGUUGAGACAUCGAUACUCAAGUGUUAUCGUUUUCUCACAACUGGGUAAGGAUCACACGACGUUUUUUCACAGAAAUUUGAACACUCAGAACACUGUCAUAUUUACUGGUAUUCCAAUUCGAUCAUUUGUGUAGGGAGUACGACAAUGCUUUGGUGAGACUGACCAAGAUGAUCCGAGGAAUUGGUGAUCCACUUGUUGCUACAUAUGCUCGUUGCUACAUCUGCCGAGUAAGUUGAUAAUUCAGGGUUCGGUCAAAACUUGAAAAUCCCUGAAUGUCCUUGAAUUGCAUGGAAACAAAAAUUUAAGGCCUUCAAAGACCUUGAGUCUAUAAAGAAGUGAGUCCUGAAAGUCCUUAAAUUGUUCUUGCUUUAGUGGAUAUUUUCUGAAUUUUUUUUGCUAAAGGUCCAUACAGACCGGACGCGAUUUCGGGCAACGCGACGCGAAUUUUCAAUUUUCAAUGACAUUUAACUUCAUUAUUUUUUUAUUUAUUUCAAAUAUUCGGAACCACUUAAGCAAUUUUAGCUAUUUGGUCUGCAUAUCUUGUAAAAUUUUUAUCCGUUGACGGUUUUAUUUGUUUUUAAAAACUGAAAAUUCGCGUCGCGUUGUCGAAUCGUAUUCGGUCUGUAUGGACCGUAAGAAUUGGACAUUUCGUAAAUUGAUUUUGUUCGUGUCUUACAAAGGCCAAAACUGUUUGAAAUUCAUUAAAGUUGCUGCUUGAACAGUUUAACGUCACUUUUUACUGAUUUCUAACGCCUUCUUUCAGGGAUGCCGGAAGUUGCUGAGGGCAAGGGGUGCAAUUGGUUAACAAGAGGGCAUACUCCUUAAUAAAAGGCACCAAUGAAAAUGAAACGGCGUCAUGAUCCUACAUUCAUGUCGACCUCCCUCCCCGUCACCAAAUUUUUUCGGACCGAAUACAAUUAUUUAGGCACAAUUCCUCCGUAAUUUCUCGCCAAAAAAUCCAUAAGUAAUGCUUUCCCAGUUCACCUUUCGCCAAAUGGAUAACAACUUUGCCGAUUUCCUGACGACUGGAGGGUAGAACACUCAUACACACAUCCUUGAGCGACGUUUAAUUCUUGUCAGUUUUGAGCACCGGUUGCACCCACACUGCACCCACAAAGUUGAAAAUGCAAAAGGCAAGGGGUGCACUUGCACCCGCUGCACCCGUGGUUCCGGCAUCCCUGCUUCUUUGAAAGUCCUUGAAAGUUCCUUGAAUUUAAGUCUUCCUGACCUGUGCGAACCCUGAUAAUUACCUCGUUAUUGUUGCCUAAUUUAUUCCGCCCUUGCAAGUGACAUCACAGCAGAUCAAGUCGCGUGAUUGAUUGACUUCCACCAUUUUGGCUGACAAAUUUUUAAAGCUAAAUAAAACACGACAUCAGUUCGCUGUCGUGUAUGUUUUUCUGUUUUCCACGUUUAUCUCGAUAGAGCUGCAAGUGAUCCCUUGCAUUUACUUAAUACGAAUGGACAACUUGCAUAUUAGACUAAAUUUUAAUCUAAGUAAAGAGAAGGGAAUCAGACACAACAGUUAAAAAGAAAAUAAUGAAAUUAGUAAAAUUGCAAAAGUUGGUUGCGAAAUGUUGUAAAAUAAAGAAAAUAUAGCCUUGCGAAGUUUGCAUAUUUUCAGUAUAUUUGUAUUACGUGUGGAAAUUGUUACCAUUUUCAGCUCAAAAAUGGUAACAAUUUCCGCACGUAAUACAAACAUACUGAAAAUAUGCAAACUUCGCAAGGCUAUAUUUUCUGUAUUUUACAACAUUUCGUAACCAAAUUUUGCGAUUUUACUGAUUUUAAUAAGUUCUUUACGGGAAUUUACUUUUUUUGGCCUAAAUAAAAAAUUAGUCUAACAUGCAAGUUGUCUAUUCAGAAAGGCAAUUUUCUGGCGAACGGAUAAUUCCAGCUAUACACGAAAUUUUGAUCUAGACAAGAAGAACGAAAACCAUUACCGUAACUGGAAAGGCAUCUUGAAAUGAGUAAAAUUGCAAAGUUUGGUUGCGAAUUGUUGUAAAAUGAGGAAAAUAUAGUCCUGCGAAGUUCGCAAAUUUGGUAUUAUUUGCAUUACGCGCGGGAAAAAUGGGCCGAAAGUGGUUAUUUUUACCGCACGUAAUACAAAUAUAUACAAUAUUUGCGAACUUCACAGGGCUAUAUUUUCUUCAUUUUAUCACAACAUUUAGCAACCAAACUUUGCAGUUUUACUUAUUCUAAGACGCUCUUUCUAGCUGUGCUGUUGGAUUUCGUUCUUCUUGCCUUGAUUUAGUCUAUAUAGCUGGAAUCACCCAUUCAGACAAUGGUUUACUCUGCUGCUCACAAUGCCAACCAUUUUUUUGCCAUGCCAAUUGCCAAAUCGUAAUAUUUCUGCAAGACCUGAAUAUCAUUAUGCAGUUAAUUAACCGAAGGAUAGUUCUGCAAUUAUUUCGAUUCUAGCUGAAUUUGCGUUCUGCCUAUACAAUCCUGGACAAAACAUCUGCGCCACUUUAAAUUAUUGGACCAACUUUCGUGAGAUUAUCGCAAAAAACCUCCCCCUUACACCACCAUUCAAUGUUGAUGCGUUUGCAGAAUUGGUGAUCCAGGGUUUAACUGCACACAUACUGUAGGAAUGUUACGAAGGCAACGGGUGUUUAAUUGAUCAGGGUCGAAGGAUUUUUUACCUGCAUAUAGGUGACAGACAGGCUUUUAGCCAGAAGGGCGUCCUGGGACGCCCUUAGAACCAAAUUCUGGGAAAAAGGGAAAUUAUUUCCAAUUAUUUUCCCAAGUAUAUUUAUAAUAUAUCUGAAAUACAUUUACUAUACAUUUGACAUUUUGAUCAAUUUGAUGGUGUACCUGGCUGAAUGAAAAUGUCGUAGUUAAGUAAAGAAGCAUAGCGGCACAAACUCACAAAGCCAAGUGUGUUUGAAAAAUUUCGAACGAGCUUGGAACAGAUACUGACAUGAAGUAACGUUAACUUCAAAGGUUUUCCAGAGGAACGAUUUUACUUUCUUUUCCAUUACCCCAGCACGUAAGUAAUUUGUGAGGAAAAUAGGAGGGUCUGGAGUCCUCCCCCUGAAAUCGUUUAGAUUUUUGAUGCUCAAUUAAUGACAGCAUUUCUGGAAUUUUCCGCUAGUUUGGUGACAUAUGUGUUUUAAGAACUGCAUAAAUGGGUUUAGAACCGCGCAUUUUGUGUAGGAAGAAACGUUAAAAUAAACCCUGUGGUGAUCCACUUGUUUCUACAUAUGCUCGAUGCUAUAUCUGUCGCUGAUGGUUUUUGACCAGGAUGGCUUAUAUUGUCCCAGUGUUACUACAAUGUCCUUUGUUUUGUGCAUUCAGCUUUUAACCUAGUUAUAUCGCGUUCUUCCUAGGUUGGAAUACUUGUAGCUCCCGAUGCCAAAAGUCAUUUACGUGGUAGUCUGUUGGAUUUCUUCUUUACGUACAAACAGGUAAGAGGCUGUGCCUGUAAAAUCUGCCACAGACGUCUUUGGGUUAAAAUAAAAACCUGCCCUGAUUUUUGUUACCAUUUAUUAGGCUUUGUAAGCAUACUUUGAUAAUGUAUUUGGAUUUUUGAAAUUUUAUUUUUCCCCCUAGUUUUUACGGUUUUCAGUUUUACCCUAAUUAAUUCAAAUCGGGCAACAUCCGGAAAGCCAAAAAUGACAAUUUUCUAACAGCUAUUACAAACUCGCUCUUUCACCUUCAGAUUUAAUUUUAAACAAUUCCGAAAAAUUGUCUAGGAGACUGUAUAUUUAUGACAAAACUGUAAAUAAAAUCAUAUUUUUUUUCUUUUUGACCUACUUUGAAUCUUCUCCCCUACGAGGCCUUUAUCUCAAUUACUUAAAGCACGCGGUUUCAAAAUGCGUUUUCUCAAAGGUGGCGGCACCUAUUGAGAACACUGGGCAAAAAGUAUGAAAUUCAUACUAUGAAAUUUGCGAUUACACCACUAAAUCCAUACUAUAUCCAUAGUAUUUCCAUACUAUUUCCAUACUAUAUCUAUGGUAUGGAAAUAUACAAUUAUUAUGGAUAAUCAAUUUCCAUUCUAUGACCUUCUAUGGAUUUUAAAAUUUUUUCCCAAUGGAGCCAUUCUCUUGAAUCUCUUCUCAAAAUUUACUGAAGUGAAAUAUUAUCUGGAUUAAAUAACAUUUUUGGGCGGAUAUAUAUUGGUGAUCCAAUAAUCUUAUUCGAAAGUAUGCGAAUUUUACAAAUAAAAUAUCUCGGAAUACCAGCGCCAAAUGUUAGCAGCAACACAUUGACAGUGAUAGUAAUACAUACAUUAGCCAAUCCUCGAUCCACGAUGUUUCAAUGGGGACAUCACGGCCCGAAGAUUAUUUAUUCUCAUGACGUUUCAACAUUCCUGAUAUUACCAUUUUGUUUCUGUUUAUUUGUGUUUUCCAGUGAAGCUACAGGUAUUUGGCUGUCGUAGACGUAGUUUUGGCAAAGUUUAACGCCCGUAUUCUAAAAUCUCACUCACACUCAUUGAGUGGAGGUUCAAUCUGAGCUUCUCUUGAGUGUCAUUGCUGUUUUUGAAUAACUGAAGGGUUAGUGUCGAAUCUUACUAUGUGACUACUCACCCUCCAGUUAUUCAAAAACACCAUUGACACUCAAGAGAAGCUCAGAUUGAACUUCCACUCAUUGAGUGUGAGUGAGCUUUUAGAAUACAGGCGUAAGUGUGUUGUUUCAAAGUUUAUAUUAGUGAGCUUAAGCAAGUGACGUUUUUGACAACACGAACGGCAUGAGUAACGUCAGAAGACUGGGUCAAGGGCUGUGAUUGGUGAAAAACGUCAACUUUACUUUCGGUCGACGUCCAUGUUGUCAAAAACGUCACUUGCUUAAGCUCACUAUUAUAGAAUCAGAAUCAUGGAAAAAUAACGUAUCAAAAUGUCAGUAAAGUUCACAAAUUUCUUAAAGCUACAAUUGCCACUUGCUAUAGUUGACGCAUAUCCUAUUUAAGAUUAUUAAGUUAAGUUUGUCACUUAGGAAGGCUUUUAUAGGACGUUUUUGUAUAUACUGUACAAAUAUAUGGAAAGUUAAUCCUUAAAUGAAAGUGAUGUUGUGCUUCCUUAUUGGAACAGCAACAGGACCCCUUGGAUAAGACUUAAAACUGUAUAUCAAUACGAGAAAAUGUUUUAUAUAUUUUUUAUAAUAUACCACAAAGAAAUAUAAAGAAAUAAAUUUUUCGUGUUGACAGGUAUGAUCUUGUAGAAGUUUGCCGACUUAAUAAAUUGAGAAUGAGACUUUGAAUUACGUCAACACGGCUCUUAGCCGAUCAGCGUUCAGAAGUUACAAAUGCUAUAUUAUAAAUGCUUUUUUUGAUUAUUAUUUAAGUUUGCCAGGCAGGCUUUUAUAGAAUUUUUUCAUAUACUGUACAACCAUAUGGAAAGUUCCUUCAUAUGAAAGUGAUGCUUUCUUGCUUUACAACAGCAAUAGGACCACUUGGGUGAGACUUAAUAUUGGGGCUUUGAAAUUCAUCUGUCUUACCAAAGAACGUCGUGGUCUCCAGUUCACCUGCUUCUGUGUAGCACAGAAGGAAAUAUUUUUCCUCGACGCUGCAGGUUAAAAUAAUUAUUUUACAAAUGUCAUAAUGAAAUGCCAAUCCACGGACCUCGUGACCUUCUGGUAAUUUUAUUGUCGACUUCAGAUUUCCUUCCUCGGAGUAUAUCUUCACAGCCUGGUCAUCUUUUGAUGAUAUCAUGAUUUCAUCCUGCCCAGAAAUACCCAAGAUGGGUUGAAAACGUAAGCUUCGUUCAAACUUGUGCUUUCAUUUUCCAGUAUUGUCACAGAUAUAUACCUGAGGAUCACCAUAUAGCGGGCUAUCACAAAAUGUGGCCAUAAUGAUAUCAUUGUUCUUGUUUAUAGCGAUCUCCAUAUGAUCUGUUGCCUCCAGAAAGUCCAAUAUGCGCAAAUUCUGCUUUACAUUGUAGUUCUCGUCCACUACAUCCAACACGUAACUUCUCGCAUCGCCAUUUUCCGUACGUGUAGGCAUAUUAGGCAAUCUCAUCACCACGUAAACAUUGUCAUCGUUAUCAACAGCAAGUGCGACAAUAAUUUGCGUGAUAACGUUACCUCCAUGACUGGGUAAAUUAAAAUCCUUGCUUUUACCUUUCUUAGUUAUAAGCUCGAUGAAGCCAUAAUAGUUUAGAAAAAAAACAUCCCCAUGGCUGUUUACAGCAGAAAAAUCAUGACAAAAAGUAUCAUUAAGUAUCAGUUUGUUGGGAAGUUGGGUCAAUUCAUCACCCAUAGAUUUUCUUGCCGAAACUUCCUGCCAAUUCAAUAUUGGGUUAAAACUACGAUCAGCAAGUUCAAUUGUUGACCAGGCGUGUGCAGAAGUAUACUUGCUGCUGAAUUUCAAAACAUAUUUAAACACAACAUAAUUGAUCAUCAUUACAGACUUGACGUUUUCUACUCGUUGGGCUUUAUUAAACAUCGAUUUGAUUCCUCCGUUUAGAUACACGUUGAACAUCUCCUGAACCGCAGGUAAGGCGUGCAGUUUUUUCAAAAAUGACAGACACCCUGGAAUUGCUGUUUCAGGACUUUCGAGACAUUCGAGCAACUCAGAAACUACCCGUAGCUUUGCAGCAAGGAUUCUAUCUUUAAUACUUAGAGAUUCAAUACGAAAAGCAUGGGUCGCUGUCUUGCGGGCGUCUUUGAAUCGUUCUAGAGCUGAUACAAACUCCUUAUCCGCGUUGAUUUUCAGUUCUCCCAUGGCUUGAGAAAGUUCCAAGGCUUCGCUUAAGAUCCCAGACUGGACAACGCUCGACCUUCCGGCUGUUGUUUCUGCUUUCUGCUCGAGCUUUGAUUUAUCAAGGGAAACAUUGAGUAAAUCUACUCCUUCUUGUAGGAAAUCGUAGCUGCUGAGCAGAUCUUUGCGUGAGAGACCAUCAAGUUUCGUCUUGAUGUCGUUCAACUCUCUCACGACAAUCUCUCGAAUUUGUGCAUCUGUCACAUCGCCGUCCUUCAGUUUAGCCGCAGUCGAGUCGCGAGCUUUGUUCCAUAACAAGCCUACGGUUGAACUUAAGAUACUUGUUAUUAUGGAAGACAUGGUAGUUUUAUAAUUAAAACGAUGAAAGAUUUCAAGCUAUACGUCUCGCUCGAUGAAGUGUUGUCAAUUGAAACAUUUUACAUGAUGCAAUGUUCAUUGCUGCCGCAGCAGAUCCUAAUUUUGUUUUGUCUUUUGUGGGUCGAAGUAAAAAUUCUCAGUCUAUUUGGCGCAUUGCAUGACGGUACCAGUGAAUUUUAACCGUGGUGCAGCGCGGGCAGGCAUAAGGCAAAUAGGCAAUGUGAUCAUCUUUCAUCUUUGGUCUUCAUAGCCAUAAAGCCGUAGCUGGCUUAAAGUGAUCAAACGGCAUUUUGUUGGGUGCUUUUAGCAUCAUACGGCGGUGCUUUCGGCAUUUCGUUGCUUUUCGGCUCACCUGAAAUUUUCCGUAAUCCAAACUCGUUUAAACACUAUCUUAAACGUAUAGAUACUCUACAUUAUUUAGUAAUGUUUAUGACGUAGACAUGGCUUGUACGUGGUCAUUAACUCGUGACUGUCCUUGCCAUAGGACUUAAUACCACAAGUAAUAUAUAUGUGUGUCUAUAUUUAAUUAACUAUAUCCAAACUAAUUACGGGGAGCACCUCGCAUGGGACUUUUAUUGUCCCGUUUGUGUUUUUCCCUUUGAGUGUAUCUACUAAUUUGUGAUUUGUGUUUUGUCUUUCGUUUGUCAAGUUUUUAUCUUUGUACCUGAUAUAGUACGGAUGUAGAUUGCUCAAUAAAUUCAUUAAAUUAAAUUAAAAUUAAAAAUUAUACGCGGUGGUUCCAGCAUUAUAUUAAUACGCGUUGCUUUCGCCAUUACACCGGGUGCUUUUACCAUUAUCCGCGGUGCUUUCACCAUUUAUAUAUACGCGGUGCUUUCGCAAUUUUACGCAGUGGUUCGAGCAUUAUACGCGGUGCUUUUAACAUUAUACGCGAUGCUUUUAUUGAACAUUAGUUCCAUAUUCUUUCCGCGGCUGAAAUACGAUCUUGAAAUAUGUGCCGUAUGAUUUAAUUAUGUUUUAGGAUUAAAAAUACUUUGUCAUUUGUAUUUAUACUUGUACUGCAUCACAAGGCAGUACGUAAGUGAACAAAUUCCACAUGUGAGGUUGUCUUGUUUUUUUUUGCCUUCUUUGGUAAACAUUAUUAAUUAAGCACGCAUUUUAAUUUAGUGGACGCACAGUCGCAUGUCAUUUUCAUUGCCCUUUAACCCCUGGUCUAAUUGCUGUUUUUGAAAAUGUUGAUGUAGAAAUUAUGGAUGCUUCCAAUUCAUUACAAAUAUUUCUUAUUCUUGUUCUUUAAAAUAUUAAAGAUUUGGGAACAAUGCUAUACCAAGGAAGCAUUCACUACCCUGUGGGUAAACUAGUUUUUAUUAUUAAAUAUCUCCCACAGUUUAUUUACAAUACUUGCCCGAAACAAAACCUGUCUAAACUGUGGGAUUCCCGUCCAUCUGGUGGACGGGAAAUCUGAUUGGUUGAUCAGCAUGAUGAAAGAUUUUGAUUGGUUGCGAGUUCACAUAAACAAUAGCUUUAAAAAUAGCUCGGUCAAGGCCACAGAAUAAGGACACUCAAGGCGACAAUUAAGGUCAAAGAAGAUAGCUUUUCUUUUACAGUAUAUGCUUUAUGGCAGAAAAUAAAUCAAACAAACAGUAUCUUGAAAGGGCUUUAUCAAAAUCUUUGACGAAGUUUGAACACAAGACGCUGAAAGAACAGCAAAACUAGUCAUGUAUUCAAAAGCUUGUUGUUCACAGCCAAGAUGUCUUAGCUGUUCUGCCAACUGGCUUCGGCAAAAGUCUUAUUUAUCAGGUCCUACCGGCGUUGUUUUCUUCAGCUUAAAUAGCCUUCUUCGUGGUACGAUUGAGAAUUUCGUUGUUGCUGUUGUUAGCCGGUUAGAGUAUAUCCGUGUCCGGCAAGUUGAGACCUUGAGAAAGCUUAAUUGGCAUUCAAGCCGUGCACAUAACUGACUAAUUAAAUAUUUGUUCGCUGUUCGGUUAAAUGGAAAAACUGAGCUCUUAAUUAUAUAAAAGUACAUUGAAUUUUUACGUUUAAUUAAAAAGCCAAAUGCACACUCUGCGCGGGACACGUUCAUGAGAAUAUAAUUGUUUUGUGCAAUGAAACUCUAAAACACUUGUCAAUAUAAGACAUCUAUGUUGUCAUUGAUUUUGAAAAAAAUGGAAAUAGCUUAUCUGAGCUUCCAGAAAUCCUAAAUUUUCUGGGGGGGCAUGCCCCCAGACCCCUAUAGAGGUUCGCACCUUCGGUUGUUGACUCGGUUGUCUCAGAAUCCUAGUUGUAGCCUGAUAUAGCUACCUUAUGACGUAUACUUAUUAGUUAACCAUGCACACAUAUGCUGGUAGCUGCAGUGAUACAGGCCGGUAUUACAGGCCGAUACAGACUUGCCGACUGGAACUUCUCCAGGUCCUCCGCUGAAUAUGUCCUCUCCAGUUACACAUCCUUAAAAGAGGCCAAGAACAUCUACAUAUUUCAAACUAUUCAGUUGGAAUAUUGCGAUGGUAUUUUACCAGCCGCGAGGCCAGUGUGAACGCUUGAGCACAUGCAUGCCUUGUUUAGUUAUAAAUUUGUAAAGGAAAUCUAACGGUCAAUCGCUUUCGAUACAGUAAAACUUGUGCAACUAACGAUGAACGGUCGCUCAUAAAAACAUUGCCUAUUCGCGUGAGAAUCUUAAGUUUUCUUAUUUUGACAUAAUAGCUAUUUUUCCAUAAAUAUAUUGAUAUUAAACUUAUUGAAUCGAUAUUUUAAGUUUCAGGCCAGUUGUACCAAAGGUUAGAAGCGCUAUAGCGCAUCAUAAGGUUUCAGAUGGGCCGAGAUGGCAUGCAACAUGUACGCAUUGCGUGCCUAUUUUUAAUUGUGUUCAGCACAUUUUAGUGAACCAUAUAUGAACCGAUGAACUACAUAAUGACGAUAUAACCAGUUGUAAAGACUAAAGUGCUUCUCUAAAUAAAAUAGUUACUACAAAACGUCAAAACCGGCAUGAUAUUUCUGGUAUAAAAGUCAAAAACGUAGACGAUAGUUUAAAAACAGGCACUAUAAAUAAUACCACAACAACCUUACCACUUAGCGUGGGUGUUCAUUAAUUUGAUUUUCCAAUUUUCUGGUAGGACACAACAAAUAUACAGACAUAUUUCAACAUGUAUAAAACGUUAACGGGUUAUAAUCAUGUAUGGAAUUGCCAUGCACAUUUCAUUGAACCAUAUCAAUCCAAAUAAAAUAAUCUCGAUUUCGCUAGAUUUUUAAUUAUGCCUCGAUCAAAAUGUGGAACUGACUUCAGUGGUACCCACUUUGUAAAUCAUAUUUGGCUGUCGAGAUGUCGUUUAUAUCCAAUAUAAUGUAGAUUGCGCUAAGUCGUAGUUUCUGCCAUCAAAAAUGCUUUAAUCAAAGAGUGUGUCAUUUUUAAUCACUUUCAAAGAUACAGUUUUCAUUCAACAGUCCCAGAGUGACUAUAUCUUUAUACUACAAUGUAUAUAUUGAUCUGAAACUGCCCGCAACUUUAAUGUCUCCUGACUGGAAUUUCGCGCGACUUUUAUACAAUUCUCAAAUAAAACAGGCUUUGUGAAACACAUUCAAACCUAUUCAACCCAGCUGGGUGGGAUCUCAGAUCUCGCGCUGGUUGAGAUCUCGGUCAGGUGCCGAUAAAAUUAUUUCAAAUAUGAUAUAGCUUAAUUUGUUAAAUCUCAAGAUAGUCUUUCUCUUUUCCCCCGAAAUUUGAGUUUCGUUUUCUGUUGGGGUAUAUUGUGUAUAUUGGGACAGAAGGGUCAAAAGCCUUAAUUUCGACUUAUGUAAAAUGCAUUUUACUGAUGAAAUAAAUUGAAUUGCCAUGCGAUGCACAAUUAUUGCAUUGCCCAUUGAAUUGGCAUUUAUAGGGCUUUUUAUUUAAAAAUAGUUUGAAUUUAAACUUGGUACGCAAAAAACUGUACAGUAAGGGAUUUAGAAAAUCUAAAAUACAUUUCUUCAUUUUCAGCUCCAAACUGACACAGUUCAAAACAUAUUGGCUAAACAAAAUACAGGUAGGUCGAAUAAGAUUGAUUUAAGUCCAUUACCAUUCAACAUUUUUCCCGUUGACAAGUACGAAAGAGUGAGGCAUGUUUUAUUUCCACUUUCAGCUCCAACCGAUUAUCUUCGACUGUACACACCUGCCCUCGACUGGAUUAUUCAAUGCAUUGCUUUCAAAUCACCAGAGGUAAGUCAACUAGAGGUGUGCGCCAGAGGCGGAGCUGCGGAAUAUUUAACUCCGGCAGACAAAAUUAUGAAAAAUUAUUUCAUAUUUCAACGAACUUUUGGUAAUGAAAGAAUUAAGUUGUUGAAUGAUUUGAAGUUACUAUAAAGUUUAAUUACUUGCUCCGAUCCGUUUCGUAAUUCUAACUAGGUUUUCUUAUUGGACAUGACCGAUCACUGACUGACUUCAUGGUCUCAGUCACUGACUACCCUUGACGAAGGGUCUCAAACGCAUCUGAUUGGUUAAUCGGAUAUAGCAAACGCAUCUGAUUGGUUAAUCGGAUAUAGCAAAGGCAUCUGAUUGGUUAAUAGUAGCGGAAGUCAAAUCUGAACCUCACUAAUAUGCGGUUAACGACACACCAAUGUUCAACGUACAAUAUUCGAUCGCUUUUCAGGAAAUUGUUUUCAGAGUAUUUUCAUUCUUUUAGGAAGUGUUGACAGAAAUUUUGAACCAUUGUACAAAGGAGUGCAACAGGUAUAAUUUGAGUGAUCGUUGGUGGCACGGUUGUUAGUUUAUACAAUUCCUUUUAAUUUUUAAAUUUUUUAAAAUUUAACAGCUUUGUCUGGCACGCAUGCAAACAGCCCCACAUUAUUGUACAUAACUAGCACAAACUAACACAAGAAUAUAUACAAUAUGUAAAAACGUGCCAAAGAUGGAUAAGCACAAACGAGACUAGGUCCCAUGCAUGGUGCUCACCAUUAAUUAAUCAGGACAGUACAGACAAAACAACACAUAAAUAUAGAAUAGAAAAAGUACAUGAGAAGAAGUAAAGAAAUUAAGAGAGAGGAUAAGAGAACGACUAAUAUAGAAGAUAUUAUUCAGUCGUGAUCAAAGAGUGUGAGUUAGGUACGUCAGGAGAGUAGGCAGUGGCAGUAAGUUGGAGGUAAGUCUUGCCUCGGAGGUAUGAGAAGGAGGAGAGAGUGUCGAAGCUGUUCCAAGGAGCGGUUUUACAACAGUUUUUUUGUUUUAACCAUGUGGCCGAGAUUUUCACCCUCAGCAGUGUCUACAAUAUGCGGUUGUCUGAUUCUAAACUACAACUACUUCAAAAAUAUGUAGUCAGCUACAACUACUGCUACUUUUGAAGAAAAGUAGUUCGCUACUGACUACAGCUACUGCUUAAAAAAUGUAGCGAACUAUUUCGCUAUUUCGCUACUCUAUAUUUUUUAGUUUUACGGUACUUGGAGCAUCCACUAGCUCAGGCUGUAAUAUAACCUAUAACAAAUCGACUUACGAGUAACAACAGUAAACAAAAAGAGUCAAAGGAACAUUUUUGUAAGCACUACAGUGUUCAGGAGUGCCACUUUUCAUUGCGCUAAAAUAAUCUUUACUGUAUAAAAUAAUCUUUUAAGCUAACCGUGUCUUAAUAUCAUUCUAUUCUAUGAACGGUUGCUAACAAUUUUAAAAAGUAGCGAAUAGCGAUUCGCUGUUUGAAAAGUAGUCAACUACUUGGCUACUUUUAGGCAAAAUGUAGUUCGCUAUAACUACAACUACUGUUUUAAAAAAGUAGUCAAAAACUACUGGCUACUUGAAAAUUGUAGUUCGCUACAGUAGCGAACUACAACUACUUCGCUACUACCCACCCUUGCUGGUGAAGUACAUUGAUCCUGUCCUAGGACUGGAUCAAAAUCAAUUCACCUUACUUUAAGUAGUGAUUUAUUCGUAUGAGAUGUCAUUCCAAAUCCUCCAAGUCGGACUGGACUAGAUUUCAAGCCUCUACGCCUCUGACUCGAUCAAAUUGCGCAGACUUGAAAUUUAGUCCAGUCCUAUAGUCGGAUUUGAAAUAUUACUUCAAGUACUAAUUAAACAACGGUUUAUUUUGAAAGCCCUGCAUGGCUUCCAGUUUUAAAUACUUCAGGUUUUCAUCGAGUAAUCCGGUUUACUAAUAAAGGUCAAUCUUUUCUUUUUCAGUGCUUUGAUUCUAAACUCCAUCAUGUCUGCCUUUCGACCAUCGUACAUCAGCGCAAGGUAAGAUCGCAUUGCCCGUUUGCAAAAUUGAUUUUAUUUGCUAGAAAUCCUGAAUCUAGAGUCUUGAAAUUUUCGUUUAGGGCAUUAGAAUUUGUCAAAAUCAUAUCUGAUUGCGAAGACGCUGGUUUUCCAAAGGUAUAUACCAGAUCAUUUAGUUGACUAAAUACGUUUAUAUUUGAAAUGUAAAUUCAAGUUUACUGUAGUAAAAUAGACAAGUUUAAAAACAAUAAAAAUGCAUAUCAUGAAAACAUUGACUUUUACAAUGCGACUCAUAUGAGACAUCGCCAUUUUGGCAGUUUCGUGAAUAAAAUGGCAGGCUAAAAUUUAUUUCAACUGCCAAAAACAUUUAGACUGGCAGGCCAUAGGACGUAAGCUAUUGGAUCCUAAAUUUGUAUUUUGAAUCCUGUCCUUGCCUUUAGUAUCAACUGUAUCGUUCAUUGGGAAUGAAUGUGGUGUUGGAUGAACCACCCGAGGCGCAGAGACUGCAGUUAUUGAAUGAUGUUUGGAAAGUUGUUAUGAAAUUAAACUCACCCGAGGUAAUUCUGCGUAGGUCUUGAAUGCCUAUACAGUUUUUGCUCACAAUUUCCUGAAUGUUCCAAAUUUAUUUCCAGGAAUACAUAUCAUGUGCUGAGAUUUGGGUUGAAUACCCAAUCAAAUAUUUCGGGGUGAGUUGAUUUCAUGUGUGGUUAGUUAUUUAACCUACUAUUCUUUGUGCCAUCCACUCAUUGUUUUUGUUAUUUCAGAAAAGAGAAAUUGACACGUUACUUGGCGAUAUAUUAAAACAUCUGAAUGUUGAUCGAGCGUUUGAAAAUUAUUAUCCACAGGUAAAUUGUUGAUGUCGUCGUUGUUGUUGUCGUUGUUGUCGUUGUUGUUGUUGUUGUCGUUGUUGUUGUUGUUGUUGUUGUUGUCGUUGUUGUUGUUG